UGUGAUUUAUAGGGUUUUUAUAGGAGAGUAACAAAUUUCUUAACCGCUGAACGCGUCGAGGAGGACCUGGACAAAGCAUCCGAUGCUAUAAGGCUGGCCAGCAAGUUUCUCUUUCGUGGGGUGCUCGUCAGGUUUCUUCGUUUCCCACUCUUUAUUCGUUAAAAUCGCUCUCUGUGCGAGGAUUGCUAUGUCGGAGCAGCUGACGGACGUACAGAUCUCCGAGUUCAAGGAGGCCUUCAGCCUCUUCGACAAGGAUGGAGAUGGUUGCAUCACAACAAAGGAACUGGGAACUGUUAUGAGAUCACUUGGUCAGAACCCCACUGAGGUAGAACUGCGAGACAUGAUCAAUGAGGUUGAUGCUGAUGGUAAUGGAACCAUUGAUUUCCCUGAGUUCCUUAACCUUAUGGCUCGCAAAAUGAAAGACACUGAUUCUGAAGAUGAACUCAGAGAGGCCUUUCGGGUCUUCGACAAAGACCAGAAUGGUUUCAUCACCGCUGCUGAGCUCCGCCAUGUCAUGACUAACCUUGGUGAGAAGCUCACCGAUGAGGAAGUUGAAGAGAUGAUCCGUGAGGCUGAUAUGGAUGGAGAUGGCCAAAUAAACUAUGAUGAGUUCGUCAAGAUUAUGAUGGCCAAGAGACGGUCGAAGGCGAACUUAGCCGGAUCGCCUGCUAUUAAUUCUCCUCGGACACCUAAAACAAUAAACAAGUGUUGCAGCAAAGUUCACUGUACCAUCUCAUGAACAAACCCUUCUCAAGCAGAUUUAGCAUUGGUGGCUUCCUCUUCACAGACUGUUUUCAGUUCAUUUAAUUAAAUAAUUUGACUUAUUCACCCUAUAAAACUUAAUUCUGGUACUUUAUUGUAGGAAGAGCUGAAAUAUGGAACUGUGUAGGAAAUAGGAGUGUCAAUAAGAUGAGCUGAAUGAGUGUUGCUAAAAUUAUAUCCAUAAUUGGAAACUAAAAUGAAUCUUAGAUAUUGAUUUCUAAACUCUAUGCUAUGUGUCUGUUUGGGGUGAAUCUAGUUUUUCA